UGUACACAUCGACCAUGUUUCCCCGAUCUUUUAUAUUAUUAUUUUGCUUAUUUUUAUUUGAAGCAACGGGACAGGCAACGGAUGAUUUUGACUACUUUGAGGUCACAACAUCGGUAGAAGCGCUUACCACGGAGUCACCCAACGUGACAGAGGAAAUAAAACCAUCAUGCAAUGAAGGCCAGUGGCAGUGUGAGAAUGGUGACUGUAUCUCCGACGCAACGCUAUGUGACGGUUUCAUCAACUGCAAGGAUGCAUCCGACGAGUAUAGGAAGACUUGUAACGGUACAGAUUCGAGACCCUUGUUCGGACUACUUCUCCACUGCAUGUCCUGGUCAGAAAACCACGAGGUGUGCCCUCAAAUCUGCCACGACGCACCUGAGUUUUGUUACUACGCUCUAAUCGCUGAAAAUGAAAAGAAGGACUCAGGUUUAUGCGUUUUGCCGGAGUAUCCGGAGCAUGGUUAUUACAAAAUAGUAACAUCCAAGAAUGAAAACUCUUCAACUUCAAACGCCUUCCGUCUGAAAUAUGGCUGCGAGAAACCAUUUGUAUUUGUGGAGAAAACAAAACACGAAUGCAUUGAUGGCCACUGGCACAAUAAUGACGACAACCGGUAUUGCUCAGAGGCUUGCGAACUAAAUUCGUACAAGAACGACAGUUUUAUUUUUUCAUGCGCAAAGGAUGUAGAUGGAAACGAUACAUGCCUAGACUUCGUGGCCAUCAACACCACCGUUACAGUAACUAAGGCGUAUGAAGAUCCCGAAGACCAGGAGCCACAGAGAAAGAGAGUAUCCGUGGAAUUGUUCUGUCCACCUAAUACCAAGAAAAUCGAUAUAUCAACGGGUUGUGUCGAUGAAGUGGACAAAAGGCAGCAGGCAUUUGAAAGCCCAACCAUGACAAAGAUGACCCAAUAUGAGGCUGAUUUCAACAAGUUCAAGAACAAUGACACUUCCAGUGAUUUCCAGGAAUUGGUGGAGAAGUUCAAAGAGUUUGAGAAGGUGGUCCGGAGAGAGUUGGACGAGAUGCAUGAAAUGGCCGACAAAUGUGAUAUUUCACUAGAUUUGUUGCUGUCGCAUCUGCAGAGAAAGAAAGCAGAACAGGGGAUAGAAAAUUAGUAUGAGAAAAAAUGUGUUUUUGAA